UGCACAGGUAUAAAUAGCCCAUGUAGAACUGAAGAAGAACAUUUAGAAGGUUCUAGGAGGUUCAUUUAGAAGACCUAUUUAGCGUGCACAGGUCAUAUCUGCUCACACACGCAUCAAGGAACUGGACAAGCGACAAAUCCAGCCAUGUUGCAGGCACUUCUGAUUUGGGCCAUGUUUGCCGCAACUCUCCCUCCCCCAACCAGACAGAGUUGCUUCAAGGCCAAUGAGUCUCAGUGUCACGAUGUGGACUUUGUUCCCGGAUUUGACCUGGCAGGAGAAGGCUUUGACAUCACCACCAUGCAACGGAAAGGGGCCUUCGCCCUCGACAUGAGCUCCUGGCUCCAGAAGGACAACUCCUGUACUCUGUGUAAAAACCCCUACAUGGGAGGUCAAAAGCAGAAGCUCCCAGUUUCUGUGGUGGACUGGAGACCAAGUCAGAAGUGCAGAAUUAAGGUGUCCAGCUCCGUCUACCAGUCCAGUGAGGCCCUGGUCAGCUCCAGCACCUCCUCUAUCGAGAACAACUGGAAGUCAUCCUUACAAAUUUCCAGUAUAAGAGGUGACGCAUCACUGAUGCUGGCAGGCAGUAACUCCAAGCUGGCUGAAUAUUCAAUGGAGAAAACCAAAAAAGACAAGUUCAGCUUCACCCGCCAUGCUGUCUCUUGUGGAUACUACAGAUACAGGGUUUCGAGUCGUCCAAUCCUGCACCCAGAGCUGAAGGAUGAAUUCAGAAGCCUCCCUGCGACAUAUGAUAAUCACACAAAGCAACUCUAUUACAAGCUGAUUGACAAGUUUGGUACUCAUUACAUCACAAAGGUGAGUCUGGGUGGAGAGGUUCGCUCUGUGACUAGCAUCAAGCAGUGCCAGGCGUCCCUGCAGGGUAUGACUGUGGACGAAGUGAAGACAUGUCUGGACGUGGAGGCUUCUGCAAGUGUGGGAAUUGUAAGCCUGCAGACUGAGGCGCAUCACUGCAAGCAGGUCAAGGACAAGACUCUGAACAAAAAGAGCUUCUCCAGUAGCUUCAGUGACAGGGAAACAGAUGUGAUUGGUGGCCAUAUUCAGAAUGUUGACCUCCUUUUCUCAUCAAAUAAUGACCCAAAGGCCUAUAAGGAGUGGAUCUCAUCUCUGCCCACUAACCCUGAUGUCGUUACUUACUCACUUGAGCCCCUUCAUGAGUUGAUGCCAGCUAAGGAGCUGAGCCGAGAGCAUUUGCGCAAUGCCAUCAAGGACUACAUACUCCAGAGAGGCCUGUGGAAAAAUUGCACGAGCCGUUGCAAGAUCGGAGUGAAGACCGAUCCUAAGGAGCCGUGCAUCUGCAGCUGCCACAACAACCGGGAUGUGGCCCUCAACUGCUGCCCCACUCAGAAAGGAUUUGCUCAGGUCACUGUAACUGCAAUCAAAGCCACAGGUUUAUGGGGAGAUUAUUUUACACAGACGGACGGAUUUGUCAAGCUCUUCCAAAAUGGAAAGAUCUUCCUGGGUCAGACACCCGUGAUCUGGAACAAAAACUCUCCAACAUGGAACUGGAAUUUCAAUCUUGGAACUGUGGACCUUACUCAGUUCAGUAGUGUGAAUCUGGAGGUGUGGGACAGGGACAGCGGCUGGGAUGAUGACCUUCUCGGGAGGUGCACUGUUAAAUUGAAAUCUGGUGUUGAGAAAAAUGUCUGUGCGCUCAAUCACGGAAUGCUGUAUUAUAAAGUGCAGGUGAAGUGCGUCCCUGGUUUGGCUGGUUCUUCAUGCUUGGAGUACAAUCCCUCUCCCAUGGAGGCACAGCUGGAUAAAGUGUACGUUUCCCGGCAUGCUCGUCCGAUUCCCAGAGGCAUGCUGCUGGAGAUGGGAGUGCUCCUUGAUGAACGCAUUCCCCGCUUCAACCAGAGCAACAUUCGCAAAGCUGCAGGUUUUGAAUUGUAGACCAAUUGAGCAGUUUGUGAACCUAUUGCAAAUUCAUGCCAGCUAUUAAAAUUUUUAAAGUACAAUAGUUGCACAUAAUAUUGGCACGUUAUAACUAAAUCUUUCCUGCUCAUUUCUGCUGUCAUUUACCUUUUUAAAGCCUAAUAAAUGUCUGAAGCAAC